AUGGCAUUCGAGCAGGGUCAGUUUCGCAGUGUGUGGAAGGAGGGGAGGCUGGUCCUGCUCAGGAAGGAGGGGCGCCCCGCGGACUCAACGUCCGCGUACCGGCCCAUAGUGCUGCUUGACGAGGCGGGCAAACUUCUUGAGCGUAUCAUCGCAGAUCGCCUCGUCAGCCACUUGUGCAGAGAGGGGCCGGACCUGGACGAGAACCAGUUUAGUUUUCGUCGCGAGCGCUCCACCAUAGACGCUAUUACGCGCGUGAGAGUCCUGGUGGAGGAGACAAUAUCCCGGGAUGUGGUGGUGCUGGCGGUGUCUUUAGACAUCUCCAACGCCUUCAACACCCUACCCUGGAGUUGUAUUCGGGAAGCACUGAAUUACCAUCGCUUGCCUCCCUACCUCCGCCGCAUAAUAGGGGCUUACCUUGAGGAGAGAUGUGUUACGUAUUGGGGACGUGACGGCGCUGGUAGGCGCGUCAUGUCGUGCGGUGUUCCGCAGGGAUCGGUCUUGGGACCACUCCUGUGGAACAUCGGCUACGACUGGGUGCUGAGAGGUGACUCCAGUCGGGCGCCGAAUUGA